UACUGUGUGCGUGUCGUCUCCCUGAUGCUCCGCUACCCACGCAAGACUACAACAACUGGCGACGAAGACAUUCGGAUUCAAUUACCUCCAGGUAGGCGAGCACCGCACAUCCAUUGCUCAAUUCAGGCAGUUAAAAGCAAGUAAAUAGCAGCGGAGAAAGAUGUCGGCCAGGGUAGGAAGAUUGCUCGAGUUUGACCAGUCUCACGACAACUUUAACUCCUACAUGGAACGAUUUGAGCAUUAUGUGACAGCAAAUGAUAUUUCAGAAGACAAAAAGAAAGCAACGUUCCUCACAGUGAUAGGUGCAAAGACAUAUGAAGUCCUAAAGAACUUAGUCGUUCCGGACGUGCCAGGGAAUAAAUCCUACCGGGAGCUAAAAGGCCUCUUGGAAGAGCACUAUAGUCCAAAACCGUCUAUAAUUGCAGAACGCUGCAAGUUUAAUCGACGUUGCCAGGAAGCGCAUGAGAGCGUUGAAGACUUCACAUUAGCCCUAAAAGAACUCGCCAGAAAGUGUGAGUUCGAUUCGUUUCUGAACGACGCAUUGCGUGACAGAUUAGUUGCAGGCUUGAAGUGCGAAGAAACGCAAAGAGCACUUUUUGCCAUGGACGACUUAACGUUUGAAAAGGCGUGUAAGACGGCACGAGAUAAGGAACAGGCCGCAAAACAGACCAGCCAAAUGCACCAGCGAUUCCCGCCAGACGUGAACAUGGUUAGAUUAGAUAGCACGAAGACAGCGAACGCACAGCGCCAGAGAAAAACUGGUAAAGCACAAAAGUGUUAUCGAUGCGGUAAAUUCCACGACCCAAAUCAGUGUUGGUACAAGGAAUAUCGCUGUUCGUCAUGCUCAAAAGUUGGACACUUGAAGAAAAUGUGUCGGUGCAGCAACAAUCGGCGGAGAAAUGUGAAAAAGGUCGAUUGUGUAGAAGAAAGCGUUGAAACCGAGUCAAGUGAUGACGCCUUCAUGGUAUAUUCUGUGACCGCUAAAGCUAAGGGAUAUAGUGUCAUCGUCUCAAUCGAGGGACAGCCUGUUUCCAUGAUAGUAGAUACAGGAGCAUCUGUAUCGAUUAUGCCAAAGCAACUCUACGAAGAGAGAUUCAAAAAGCUGCCGUGCCAGCAAACUGAAGUAGUACUGCGAACCUACGCAGGGGGCAAACUGACAGUCGUCGGAAAGCUUCAGGUCAACGUGCAGUACGAAGGACAGAGCAAAAUACUCCCUAUCGUUGUCGUUGACGACUGCGGCGAAGACCUCCCAUUGCUUCUUGGAAGGGAUUGGCUGCAAACACUAAAACUCAACUGGAAUGGGUUUCUUCACUACGCAUCAAAAGACCCUGCAGUCAUCGAGUUGCAAACACUUAAAGACAAAUACAGCAGUGUAUUUCGUAUGGCGCCCUGCGUAGUUCGUAACUUCGAGGCACAGGUCGUGGUCAAAGAAGCUUCGCGACCAGUGUUCUGUAAAGCCAGGGCAGUUCCAUUUGCGCUGCGCGAGCAAGUCAUCAAGGAGCUUGAUUCUUUAGAAAAGGAAGGGAUCCUGAAGCGUGUAUCUCACAGUGAGUGGGCCACACCACUUGUUUGUGUGCCGAAGAAGGACGGGCAAGGCCUUCGAUUAUGUGGCGAUUAUAAAAUCACCAUAAACCCUGUAUUGAAGACGGACCAUUACCCGUUGCCACAUCCCGAGGAACUAUUCGCCAAACUUGUAGGAGGCAACGUGUUUUGCGUGCUGGACCUCGCAGCGGCUUACCAACAAGUAAAGUUGAGUCCGGCGUCGAAGAAACUACUGACGGUCAACACUCCUCUAGGCCUGUUCGAAUACCAACGGCUUCCGUUUGGGAUAUCCAGCGCGCCAGCGAUUUUUCAGGCCCUCAUGGACCAAGUACUAAAAGACAUUCCGAAAGUCGGAUGCUAUAUUGAUGACGUGAUCAUCGCAGGGAAGGACUUGGUCGAUUGCAAGAAGACGCUGGAAGAAGUGCUACUGAAACUUCAGGAACACGGUCUAACGAUAAAGGAAAAAAAGUGUCAGUUCUUCCGGUCGUCUGUGACGUACCUCGGGCACCAGAUCACUAGCCAAGGCAUCUUCCCGACAGACACGAAGACGAAGGCAAUCGUCGAAGCACCGGAGCCUUGCAACAAGACAGAACUUCAGGCGUACUUGGGCCUACUAAAUUUCUACGGAAGAUUCCUCAGAAAUGUAUCUACGGUCGCGGCACCUCUCUACGAGCUCCUAAAAAAGGACCAGCCAUGGAGGUGGACACCAGCGUGCAAGAGAGCUUUCGAAGACACAAAACAGCUUCUCGUGAAAAGCAAAUGCCUCGUCUACUACGACGUUCGCAAACCGCUUGGACUAAUUUGCGACGCGUCAGCCUACGGCGUGGGAGCCAUUAUUUUCCACAUCAUGAGCGACGGCAGCGAAAGACCAAUCGCCUUUGCGUCCCGCACGUUGACAGCCUCAGAGAAGAACUACGCACAGUGCGAAAAAGAAGCACUUGCUAUUAUUUUUGGACUCAAACGUUUCCAUCGCUACUUAUAUGGAAGACAUUUUGUAAUUUAUACCGACCACCAACCGUUACUUGGAAUUCUCGCGGCAAACAAGGCGAUCCCAGCUUUAGCAGCGGCAAGGAUACAGCGCUGGGCGCUCACGCUUUCUGCUUACUCAUAUGCUCUGCGAUAUCGUAAAGGUCAAGACAUGCAAGCCGCAGACGCAUUAUCUCGGCUUCCCCUAGCAAGUCAAAAGUGCGACCCCCCACCAGAAUGUCUAGCAUUCUUCAACGUCUCCCCAAUCACCGCAAAAGAUAUCGCGGAAGCUACGAAACGUGAUAAGAUCAUCAGUCGUGUCGCGGACUACACGCUGAACGGAUGGGCCGCAUCGUUUGAUGAACAGUAUCGACCGUUCUUCGCACGGCGAGACGAAUUGUCAUUGGAGCAAGGGUGUGUUACUUGGGGGACACGUGUCGUCGUUCCCGAACAGCUUCGGCCAGCGGUUUUGUCCAUACUUCACGAGGAGCACCCAGGCAUUAACCGAAUGAAAAUGUUGGCCAGGAACUUCGUAUGGUGGCCAGGUCUCGACAGCCAAGUCGAAGAGCAAGUUCGUAAAUGUCGAAUCUGUCAGGCUGUUCAAGCUGGCGUGCCGACAGUUCCGCAUCAGCCAUGGACAUACCCAGCCAGGAUUUGGCAAAGGAUUCAUCUAGAUUUCGCAACACACACUUCGGUCAACCUGUUAGUUGUCAUCGACUCGUAUUCAAAAUGGGUCGAGGUUUUUAGCAUGAAGUCGACCACUACCACAGCAACAAUUGCAAGGCUACGGAAGCUUUUCUCAGCCUACGGCUAUCCUGAAGAAAUUGUAAGUGAUAAUGGACCACAAUUUACCUCGCAAGAGUUUCAAGCAUACAUGCAAACUCACGGGGUGAAACACACCAAGACGCCACCAUACCACCCGUCAUCUAACGGUGCCGCGGAGCGCCUGGUACAGACGACAAAGAAGACACUACGAAAGCAAGUCCUUCAGGACCACAACUCUGGUCAGGUUAGACCAAUCUCUGAACGUAUCGACAGCUUCCUCAUGGCGUACAGGAAUACGCCGUCUACAGUAACUGGUAAGACACCAGCCGAACUUUUUCUAAAACGUACACCACGUACUAUAUUAUCGCUACUUAAACCAAGCUUCCUAGAUGAUAUGCGCAACAAUCAAGGCAUUGAUCACCAGAAAAGUUUGCAUCGCCGCAAGCCCAGAUUGUUCAGUGAGGGACAACCAGUCUACGUUAAGACCGUACGAGGAGAAGGUAUCGCCUGGGAAGAAGGGACAAUUGUGAGUGUGGUUAGCCCUGUGACGUUUGUGGUGAACGUAAACGAACAGGACCGGUUUGUGCAUAGUGAUCAUCUGCGAUGUCGAUCAGUGUUUCCAGAGACCUUUGCAAAGCAUAAGGUGCCAGUGACAAGUACCAGAGCUCCGAGUCCAUCUCCCCAGCAGCCGCCGGAUGUAGCUGACAUCCACCGUCGCGAUAUUCCGUCUACCCCGCCUCCGGACAAGCAGGCGGCGACCCCGGAAAGGACCCGGAACCCCUCAACUCCGCGUUCCCAGAGGUCACCCAGUGGACAGCCUGCAACGCAAGACGCUGGGAACGAUCAACUUGGAUUCCCCUCCACAUCAGCUACAACGCCGCAACACGAGACACCAGUCAUCCGCACAAGUUCCCGCGUUUCAAGACUUCCCGACCGCUACCAAGCACCAGACUUCAGAAAAUGA